AUGGGGUCUGAGGAUCAUGGGGCCCAGAACCCCAGUUGUAAAAUCAUGACAUUUCGCCCAACUAUGGAAGAAUUUAAGGACUUCAACAAAUACGUGGCCUACAUUGAGUCCCAGGGAGCCCACCGGGCAGGCCUGGCCAAGAUCAUCCCCCCGAAGGAGUGGAAGCCACGGCAGACGUAUGAUGACAUCGAUGACGUGGUCAUCCCAGCCCCCAUCCAGCAGGUGGUGACGGGCCAGUCAGGCCUCUUCACACAGUACAACAUCCAGAAGAAGGCUAUGACGGUCGGGGAGUACCGCCGCCUGGCCAACAGCGAGAAAUACUGCACUCCCCGGCACCAGGACUUUGACGACCUGGAACGCAAGUACUGGAAGAACCUCACCUUCGUCUCUCCCAUUUAUGGCGCCGACAUCAGCGGCUCCUUGUACGAUGAUGAUGUGGCCCAGUGGAACAUCGGGAACCUUCGGACCAUCCUGGACAUGGUGGAACGUGAGUGUGGCACCAUCAUCGAAGGUGUCAACACUCCCUACCUGUACUUUGGCAUGUGGAAGACCACCUUCGCCUGGCACACAGAGGACAUGGACCUGUACAGCAUCAACUACCUGCACUUUGGGGAGCCCAAGUCAUGGUACGCCAUCCCACCGGAGCAUGGCAAGCGCCUGGAGCGGCUGGCAAUUGGGUUCUUCCCCGGGAGCUCCCAGGGCUGUGACGCCUUCCUUCGGCACAAGAUGACCCUCAUCUCGCCCAUCAUCCUCAAGAAGUACGGGAUCCCAUUCAGCCGGAUCACGCAGGAGGCCGGGGAGUUCAUGAUCACAUUUCCUUAUGGUUACCAUGCUGGCUUCAACCACGGAUUCAAUUGUGCUGAGUCGACCAAUUUUGCCACCCUGCGGUGGAUUGAUUAUGGCAAGGUGGCCACUCAGUGCACAUGCCGGAAGGACAUGGUCAAGAUCUCCAUGGACGUCUUCGUGCGAAUCCUGCAGCCAGAGCGCUAUGAGCUGUGGAAACAAGGCAAGGACCUCACGGUGCUUGACCACACCAGGCCCACGGCCCUAAGCAGCCCUGAGCUCAGCACCUGGAGCACCUCCCGGGCCUCACUCAAGGCAAAGCUCCUCCGCAGACAAAUUAGUCUGAAAGAAAGCAGACACUGGAAAAAGACUGAGGAGGAGAGGAAACCAAAUCUAGAGAGGAAGAAAGAGCAGAGCAAAAAGCCGGGCCUGUCGUCUCACCGGAAACGCAGUCAGACCAAGAAGCCCAAGCCGGAAGACCCCAAGUUGCCCGGGGAGGGGUCGGCUGGGGCAGCUCCUCCCGAGGAGACCAGUGGUAGUGCGAAAGAGGAGGCUGCACAGGAGGCGGAUCCCGAGGAUGAGGAGGAGGAUCCCCAGCUGCCACCGCAGGGCCGGGAGGCAGAGGGCACAGAAGAGGACAGGAAGGGCAAACUGCGGCCAGCCAAGGCCAAGAGCGACCGGAAGAAGAAGAGCCCCCUGCACCCUCACCACCCACUCCUACCCGAGCUGCCGCCACCCCUGCCCAUCCAGUUCCCCAGUGAGGAGGUGCUGCCGCCCCCACUGGAGCCCCCAGUGCUGACCCCUGGCCCUGAAGUCACUGAAGAGAGCCCCUUGCCACCGCCCCUCAACGUCAUGCCCCCCGAGGCACCUGGCGAGGAGCUGGAGCCGAAGUCACGCCCCAUCAUCCCUAUGUUGUAUAUGGUGCCCUGGGCCAGCCAAGCCACAUGUGAGAAGGGCCGUGUGUCCUGCCAGCAGGCGUCUGAGCACUUUCCCCAGAAGGGCCCCACCUGGAAGGAGCAGCUAGCCCCCAUGGAGCUGACAGAGCCUGAGGAGGACAGUGGAGCCAGCGAAGUGCAGGCACCGUCGACAUUUUCCAAGUUGAAGAUGGAGAUCAAGAAGAGCCGGCGCCACCCUCUGGGCAAGCCGCCCACCCGGUCCCCUCUGUCAGUGGUCAAGCAAGAGGCAUCCAGUGAUGAGGAAGCAUUUCCUUUCUCCGGAGAGGAGGACAUGAGUGACCCCGAGGCCUUGAGGUCCCUGCUGUCCCUGCAGUGGAAGAACAAGGCUGCCAGCUUCCAGGCUGAGAGGAAGUUCAACGCGGUGGCUGCCCUCGCCGAGCCCUACUGCGCCAUCUGCACCCUCUUCUACCCGUACAGCCAGUCCCUACAGAUGGAGAAGGAGGCCCCGCAGGCCUCCCUCGGGGAGGGCCCUUCUGUACCACCUUCCAAAUGUGGCCGGAAGACACGGCCGCUGAUCCCUGAGAUGUGCUUCACCUCCAGCGCCGAGAACACAGAGCCCCUCCCCGCAAACUCCUACAUCGGUGACGACGGGACCAGCCUGCUGAUCGCCUGUGCCAAGUGCUGCCUGCAGGUCCAUGCCAGUUGCUACGGCAUCCGCCCGGAGCUGGUCAACGAAGGCUGGACGUGUUCCCGGUGCACAGCCCACGCCUGGACUGCGGAAUGCUGCCUGUGCAACCUCCGGGGAGGAGCUUUGCAGAUGACAACAGACAAGAGGUGGGUCCAUGUGAUCUGCGCCAUUGCAGUCCCUGAAGUUCGGUUUCUGAACGUGAUGGAGCGCCACCCUGUGGACAUCAGCGCCAUCCCUGAGCAGCGGUGGAAGCUGAAAUGUGUGUACUGCCGGAAGCGGAUGAAGAAGGUGUCUGGGGCCUGUAUCCAGUGCUCGUGCGAGCACUGCUCCACUUCCUUCCACGUGACCUGCGCCCACGCCGCAGGGGUCCUCAUGGAGCCGGAUGACUGGCCCUACGUCGUCUCCAUCACCUGCUUCAAGCACAAGUCGGGGGGCCACACCGUCCAGUUCCUGAGAGCUGUGUCCUUAGGCCAGGUGGUCAUCACCAAGAACCGCAACGGGCUUUACUACCGGUGCCGCGUGAUCGGCGCCACCACGCAGACCUUCUACGAAGUGAACUUUGAGGACGGGUCCUACAGUGACAACCUGUACCCAGAGAGCAUCACUAGUCGAGACUGUGUCCGGCUGGGACCCCCACCCGAGGGGGAGUUUGUUGAACUCCGGUGGACUGACGGUAACAUCUAUAAGGCCAAGUUCAUCUCCUCUGUGACCAGUCACAUCUACCAGGUGGAGUUUGAGGAUGGGUCCCAGCUGACAGUGAAGCGCGGCGACAUCUUCACCCUGGAUGAGGAGCUGCCCAAGAGGGUCCGGUCACGGCUGUCAGUCAGCACCGGGGCGCCGCGGGAAAGCGCCUUCUCUGGAGAGGACGUGAAGGCCGCCAAGCGCCCGCGAGUGGGCGCUCCGCGAGCCGCCGAGGACGCGGGGCGGAACCCAGACUACCUGGCCUUCAUGGAGAGCCUCCUGCAGGCCCAGUGCCGGCCCAGAGCCGCCUUCUAG